GCCUAUCUGAGCUCGUCAAUUGAGGUAGUAUCUAACCGCACCAUGCUUCUGCACUACAGACUACCACAUAUUAUAAGGUACACAAACGCUCAUGACUUUGAGGAGUUAAGUUGCGGAUGGUAUACCGCAUUUGUACUUCUACAAGGAUAUUCCAGCGAAAAAAGAAAGAGCAAACAACACGCCUUCCAAGUUGCGUGACUCACAGCAGUAGUGAUCCAGCCCUAUGACGGUUACCCGUAUCAAGACGUUGAUAUCACAGUUUGGUGACACAGAUCGCCAGCGAAUCAAACCCGCUAUGGUAUGCUGUAGUGAAUGAAGCUGACUCAUGAUAAUGUAUCUAUCGACACUCAUGCCCGGUCGUAACUCUGUUUCCUGAUCAAAGCGUCACACAUAACUUAACUCUCUGAAGUGAGCAUAUCAAGAAAAGAUAGUCUUGCUGGCUCGCAGGUGUUGAUUGUUUCUGCUACACCUUGGAUCCCUGAACCUCUUAUUUGUUGAUGCGCUUUGCCAUUCGCAGCCUUUCUCGCCUUUCUCGCUCUUACAAUGCACUUGAUGGAGUACGCAGUACCUCCGCACAGCAGUGUAUUCCAUCAAUAGUAUAUGGCGAUAUAUUAGAGAUGCGUUUACCUGACGCCCCAUAUGACACAUAUGGCAUCUGUUGUGACAGUCGUGUGGUGGUGUAGCCCUCUU